GGUCAGGUCAGCUACGAUCGCUAGAGACUUCUCACUCUCAAAAACCCCCCACCGAUAAAAACGACAUCCCCCGCAACCUUCUGGUUUUAGGCUUAGGCGUGCCUGCGUUUUCAAUUCUCAUUUCUCAGCGAAUCCACACCGCACACCUCCCUCUAUGAUUUCUCCUUCGGUGGGACCCUUCUCCUCAAACCCCAACAGAGAGAGAUCAAAAAAUCCCUGUUCAUCAUUUGUCCACCGUUUGUUGAUCACUCUGCCUCCGACUUCUCUCAACAACUCUCUCCCCCUUCUCCUUCUCCUUCCGCCUUCUGCAUCUCGCUCUUCGCAUCAUUCUUCAUCUGGGUCUUCUCCGAUCGCAUUAUCUUCAAUUGGGUUUCGUUUUUCUCCCAGUUCCCCCGAGUGGCUCGGCUGCAAUUUUUCGACUGAGCCAUCCUAGUUUUGUAAAAUCUCGUUGGUUCCUGGAGGCACAAGGGUCGAACUGAGUUAAUGGCGUCCAUAGGUUCUGUUCCAUAUGGUAUAGAGGCGACCGUGGAGAAUUAUGCUCUUCUCCAUACCGGAAAUCUUCGGCCCACGUUCAGGUUCUUCGCGCACCGGCCUAGAAAAUCUCUCAAUUAUGCCGGUUUUAAUGCUAUUACAUUUGGGAAUAUAAAAGCUAUGGAAGAAAGUUGUGAUAGAUUCGCUCUAUGCGGCGUGCGACUGGGGAAUGGAUGCAGCAGACGGCAGCUACUGAGGGUUGACAGUCCGAGAGCAACUGGCAAGAGCUCGGUUCAGGGCGAGGAGGGCGAAGAAUCGGAGGAUGCGCUGCAGGCCACAAUAGAAAAGAGCAAGAAGGUUCUAGCAAAGCAAAAGAACCUACUUCAACAGAUUGCUGAAAGAAGGAAACUUGUUUCAUCCAUAAAAGAUUGUAUCGUUAACCCAGAAGACAAUGAAAUUUCUUUUGAUGAAAGGGGAAAAUCUUUUGGUAGUGACAAGACUGAUGAAGACUGUAAUGGUGGCAUUCUCUCUAGCAGCUAUAAUCAUUCAACUGUGGAUGAGUUUCCAAAGACCUUAACGUCAGCUAUUAGUAGGGGAUUUGGUGAAGUUGAGAAGGAACCAGUGGAAAACUUAAUUGUUACAGAGGCUUCUACGGAUGUAAAUUCCUCCAAACAAUUGAAAGACCCCGAUUCAGAGAGCGCUUGGUCAGAGGAAUUGCCAUCAUUUAUUUCGAAAUCCUUUAAAACUUCCAGCAUAGAUGAUGAAAAGGUUGAAGAUCUGGAAGAAUCAAGCUUACAGGAGGUAAAUGGUGUGGCAAAUGUUCUUAUGGAGGAAGAUGUAAAACCUCCUCCUUUGGCAGGGACUAAUGUCAUGAACGUGAUAUUGGUAGCUGCAGAAUGUGCUCCUUGGUCUAAAACAGGUGGGCUUGGAGAUGUUGCUGGUGCUCUGCCGAAGGCUUUGGCUCGGCGUGGACAUAGGGUUAUGGUUGUGGCGCCUCGCUAUGGCAACUAUGCUGAACCCCAAGACGCGGGAGUUCGGAAAUAUUAUAUAGUAGAUGGACAGAGUGUAGAAGUAUCUUAUUUUCAAGCCUACAUUGAUGGGGUGGAUUUUGUUUUUAUUGAGAGUCAUCUUUUUCGGCAUAUGGAGAAUAAUAUAUAUGGAGGGAACCGAUUGGAUAUUUUAAAGCGCAUGGUUUUAUUUUGCAAGGCAGCUGUCGAGGUUCCCUGGCAUGUCCCAUGCGGUGGUGUCUGCUAUGGAGAUGGAAAUCUGGUAUUCAUUGCAAAUGAUUGGCAUACUGCAUUGCUGCCAGUGUAUUUGAAGGCAUAUUAUCGUGACAAUGGUUUGAUGAAAUAUACAAGGUCUAUCCUUGUUAUUCAUAACAUAGCCCACCAGGGUCGUGGCCCACCAGAUGAUUUCUCUCAUACUGAUCUGCCAGAGCACUAUAUGAAUCUUUUCAAACUGUACGAUCCUGUUGGAGGUGAGCACUUCAAUAUCUUUGCUGCUGGUCUAAAGACAGCGGAUCGUGUGGUUACUGUUAGUCAUGGAUAUGCUUGGGAGCUAAAAACUUCAGAAGGUGGUUGGGGUCUCCAUGGGAUUAUAAAUGAGAAUGAUUGGAAACUGAAGGGAAUUGUGAAUGGUAUUGACACAAAAGAGUGGAACCCGGAGCUGGAUGUUCACCUGGCAUCGGAUGGUUACACCAACUACUCUCCAGAGACACUUCAAAUCGGCAAGCUCCAGUGCAAAGCUGCUUUACAGAAGGAGCUUGGUUUACCCAUCCGUGAGGAUGUCCCUUUGAUUGGUUUUAUUGGGAGGCUGGAUCACCAAAAAGGUGUUGAUCUGAUAGCAGAGGCAGUUCCAUGGUUGAUGGGUCAAGAUGUGCAGCUGGUCAUGCUAGGAACUGGGAGAAAUGACCUGGAACAGAUGCUCAGGCAGUUUGAGAAACAGCACCAUGACAAAAUCAGGGGAUGGGUUGGUUUUUCUGUAAAAACAGCUCACCGGAUAACUGCUGGUGUGGAUAUUCUGCUCAUGCCAUCAAGAUUUGAGCCUUGUGGACUAAAUCAGCUAUAUGCUAUGAGCUAUGGAACCAUACCUGUUGUUCAUGCUGUCGGUGGACUGAGAGAUACUGUGCAGCCUUUCAACCCUUAUAAUGAGUCAGGAUUUGGGUGGACAUUUGAUAGAGCAGAGGCUGGUAGGCUGAUACAUGCAUUGGGAAACUGCUUAUUGACUUACCGGGAGUACAAGAGAAGCUGGGAAGGACUUCAAAGACGUGGGAUGAUGCAAGACCUCAGUUGGGACAAAGCAGCUCAGAAAUACGAGGAAGUCCUUGUUGCGGCCAAGUAUCAAUGGUGAGGCUUUGGUAAUCAGCCUGUAAAAUUUAGACUUUUUGCAACCUGUAGGUGGGUAGCCAUACAUAAUACACGGGUUCAGGCGUGCUUCGACUCUGGUGCCCAAGUAUCAAGAAACAAAACUGGAGUCCUUUGGAGUCGAAAGAACUUCUGCCUAAUCAAGAAGGCCAGAUUGUGUCAAUUACAACCUGGAAGGAUUAUUUGGGCAGCUUGAGUCUCUCCUUCAUAGUACAUUUCAGGCUAAAUUUAACCCAAAUGGAACUGUAGCAUUUAUCCGUGUUGCUGACCAGAGAAUGGAUGUAGGUGCGCAUUUCUGCAGCUGGGCUUGCAAUCUCCCUCUUUAAGCAAUUUUGUGUGGUUUUUAACUGCAUACAUGUUUCUAAGCAAGGUCUUAAAUUUCAAUUUUGACUCAAAUUUCGAAGCUCCAAAAGUAUAGAAAUUUCGACGGAAAUUUUGAUUUUGAUGUCAA